AUGGAUAGAGAGCUUUUGAGGAAGAGAGCAGGUGGAGAUGGCCAUACUGGAGCCGACAGCGUAUCAAGUACGCUUCAGCCAACGAGCUCUACUAAGCCUAACCUUACCAGACCGCGGUCGGCGCUGUGCACUGAGAUGAGGAGGAGGCCGCAGUCGAGGGAAGUGCGCCGGCCACAUACCGCUCAAACUAGAGUUUUACGAGAAGCCAGCAAUAUCCCUGGGCAAACGAGGCCCGGACCACCUCAUCAUCGUGCGGCGAAGUUGAAGGUAUACUCCGAUCUGUGGGAGGCGAUUAUUGUACAGGACGAAGCAUAUGGUAAGCUGUUGGCCAAGAACGCCUCGUCGGGGUAUGUGGAACCUGUUGCAAGCCGAAUACGGAAUGAUGAUAAGUUUACCAUAGACGGGGGAAAGAGCUGCAUCGAAGAAAUUUCUCUAAAGGACUCUGAGGCCGUUCGUCCAGCUCAUUGUGUCGCGGAUGACCUGCCUGAUCCUACGAUAGUAUCAACCCCACCGCUCUUCCCAGACAGAGUGAGGCUCUCGGCUGACCUCCCCAAGCGACCAGAGUGUGUCCCGAGACUCCAUCUAAAUGCUAGAAGGCCAUCUAGUAACAUGCCGAACGCGGCCACCUGCAGUACAGGCUCAACCGUCAUGGAGCCUGCGAGCAUCGCGCACGCUCACGAGAGGCUAUGUCAUCUCGACUUUGAGACCAAACAAAAUGGGCUCUACGUCCCAGUGACACUGAAGUGGAAAGUGUUCGAAGCAGGUAAGUUCACAAAGGUGAUACCUAAGCAGUUCAACAAUGAGAAUAAGCUCAACCUCAAACCAGUAACAGCAGUCUUUGCCGCUGCAAAACCCUUCUUGUGA